AUGGACGGCAGCGCGGCGGCAGCGCCGAGUGAAGAACGGCGACUUGAGGGUCUUCUUGUUCUCCAGGACGGCGACUUCGAGUGGGACGAGGGCUACCAGGGCUUCAUCCUGUCGGGGUUCUUCUACGGCUACGCGGUGGGCCAGCUGCCCGGCGGGCUUUUGGCGGAGCGGCUCGGCGGCAAGCUGGUGUUCGGCGUGGGCACCCUGGGCACCGCCCUGCUCACCAUCGCCAGCCCCUUCCUGGCCCGCGCCGGUGGCGGCUGGUUCUUCGCCGUGCGCCUCCUGGAGGGGCUCUUCGAGGGCGUCACCUUUCCCGCCAUCCAGUACAUGAUCUCCAAGUGGGCCCCGCCGGCCGAGCGCAGUCGCUUCGCGACGGUGUAUACAGGCGGCUACCUGGGCACCGUGAUCUGCAUGCCGGUGAGCGGCCUGCUGUGCGACAUGGACUUCCUGAGCGGCUGGCCCAUGGCCUUCUACGUGUUCGGCGCGCUGGGCGUGCUGUGGUACAUCCCGUGGCACUUGUGCGUCUUCGACACGCCGGCCCAGCACCCCAGGAUCGACCCCCGCGAGCGCGAGUACAUCGAGAACGCGCUGGGGAAGGUGCCGGCCAAGAAAAAACUGGCCAUCCCGUGGGGGAAGUUAUUGAGGACGCCGGGGCUGUGGGCAUGCGCGUCCAUGCACCUGGGCAUCGGCUGGGCCUUCUUCACGCUGCUCACCUGCCUGCCCACCUACAUGUCCGAGAUCCUGCACUUCGACAUUAAGAGCAACAGCGCGCUGUCAGCCAUCCCCUACGUGGCGGGCGGCACGGCCAGCGUCGUCUUCGGCCUGCUGCUGGACCUCGUCAUCACCCGGGAGUACGUGAGCAAACUGACGGCCUACAAGAUCUUCAACGGCAUCACCGCGCUGGGCCCCGCGCUGACGUUGAUCCUGGUGACGGUGGUGGGGUGUGACACGGUCAGCAUCCUGGUGCUGCUGGCGUUCAACGGCCUGUUCCUGGGCGCGCAGUACACCGGCAACUCCAUCAACCUGCUCCUGCUCGCGCCCAACUUCUCCGGCACCAUGUUGGGCAUCUCCAACACGUUCGCCAACGGCGCGGGCAUCCUGGCGCCGUACGCUGUCGGCAUCCUCACUAACAACAACCAAACAAUCACUGCAUGGAACAUCGUGUUCUACAUAAGUGCCGGGAUCGGAGUGGUCACGUACAUUGUCUACUUGGUUCUCUGCCAAGGCGAAGUGCAACCAUGGAAUGACCCAGAACAAUCAGAUACCAAAAGUACAACAGAAAUGGUACCAGCAUCAGACAAAUUGGAAAUUUCAAGAAUUGGCAUAGAAAAUCCUGCAUACCAAGCAUAGCUGAUCAAGAACCAUCGGUCAGCUACAUCUUUCCUGUCACUCCUC